CUUCUACUGUGUCACCACUCAGUUCCUGACUCUUCUACACAUUUGGCUGCACAAACUUUAUCUCCCGCUCUCGACUUCAAUCCCGGAUGUAAAUUUGCCCGAGUUGAAGGCAAAAACCAGCCUUGAACUGAGACACCAAGCCAGUGGGACUUUUCUACUUGACAGAGAAUUUGCGAAAGAGGCAUGGUUGACUCUACUGUGUAUGAUAGAUCACAAACCAAUAAGACUAUCAUAAUCCUUUGUUUCUGCCUAGUAGGCCUGAUGGUAUUACUGUUCUACUUCUACAAGAAGCUGAACAAGGAGAGUAAUGGAGAAUACACCAUCCGCCGCAUGUGGCAUAAGAAAGGAUGGAUCAUGGACCAGGGGAGGGCUGCAGCACUAGCUCUUGGGACCGGUCUCGGAUUGAUUCGCAGUGAUUCAAAUGAGGAAGAGGAGGAAAUGCAGGAGGUCAGAGAUGAGGAGGGACAGUUGGUGGAGGGGGGUUGCCAGGGGAGUGACAGCGAAGGGAGCAGCCAGGAGGAGGAUGAGGAAGAUAAUAUGGAGCAGGGAAAAGGCGAUAACACCUCACAUUGUACCUCAAGCUCAGUGGGUUCAAAGGCAGGGGAGGGAACUAGGCUGACGGGUCAGCGAAAGGCAAAUGUGGAGAUGGAGGUUAAAAGGGAGGAAAAGGAGGAGGAAGUGAAGAGUAAAGGAGAGGGAAGAGGAGAGUCGGGAUUGCUGAUUGACCUGAAGCAGUUUUCUGGAAGUGCGAUCUGGUCUGAAGAGGAGAAAAUGGAGAGGGAGGUGACUUCUCUGUGAGUACAGAAGAAGGAGGUGCACUGAUCAAAGAAGAUCUUUUACCAGCUCAUAAAACUACUUCAGUGGGUUCUCCACAAAUUAGUUUUUCAAAUUAUGAUUCGACUGCGUUAAUAUAACUUAUAAACGUUCAUUUACACAAACUUAACUCAUGUUACCAAUUGAAGUGGCCUGUUUCUAUUUAACUUGGUCAGCAAUUUUCCUUUUUCAGUGUAUAAAUACAAAGAAGGCUGAGGAAAAUGUAAUAGAAAUGCUUAUCCUUUCUGGAAAAAAUAAUAAUAAAUACUGCAAUCAGCCUAUAAAACAUCCACUAUGGGUUUGCUUUUAGUUACAGACACUUCCUGUUGCAGCAUCAAAAUAAAAAGCUGACUGGUGAAUGAAGCUGGUAUAAAUAUACAGAUGUACACAGUUUGUUUAAGAAUAUUGUGUUUUAUUUUGUAAAACUGACUCAGUCUGUUAAGAAAUCAGAUUUUGCAUUGUUAUGUCAGCCUUCGUAAUGCAGUACGUUGUGGAGUGUAGUACAUCUUUAACUGCUUCAAAUGCUUUUUUGGAAAUAAAAUAAUACAG